AUGCCUCGUCCUCGGAAGACCGGCUACCAGAGAUUGGAAUAUAGUAUAAGUCCGGCCCCGGCCACACAGUCAGAGGUGGCUGCUAAUCGCCAUGGAUAUGUUCAUAGCAUCAAUUCAGAUGGCAACACUGGGAUGGACGUGAGCAGUGAUGCUGGCAUGGAUAUUAGCAGCGAUGCUGAUUCCCCCAGUGAUAUUGAUGCUGGAAUAAACAUUGACAAUGUCAGUGAUUCUGACAGUGAUAACAGUUGUAGUGAUGUUGAUAUGCCUGCACAUGGUGAUGAUACGCUCUCUCUUGAUAUGCAUGAUGAGGAUAUUUCCUCUUUUCUCGAUGGACUGAAGGAUCUCCCGGUCUUGCCCUCUCAAGAUCUCUCCUGCUAUCAAGAUCCCCCCUCUAAGUUCACUGUGGCCCUUGGGUUGUGGGCUUUCAGUGCCGAGAUCUCACGGGCCAACUAUGCAGCACUGGUGGAGGUGCUGCGUUCGGCAACUUCACUUGAAGAGCUGCAGUCCAUUCCUGCAAAGGUGGACACUCUGAAGAGAUAUGUACAUGAUUUUCUGCCUGUACUACCAACAAAGGCAUGCACUGUGCCAGUUGAUCUCAAUGCCCAGAGUUCAGUGUCAUCUGGCAAGAAAGAUUCGUCAGCACAAGCGACAUCCCUGCAGUAUGUUUAUAGUCUACCACAUCUGUUCCACUCCAUCCUCUCAUCUGAUUUGGGGUCAACCAAGCUACAUUUCGGAAUGGCAGAGUAUUCUGAUCAUCCUGUUGAGCUUUGGCAUCAGCGUGCAUGGGGCUCAUCCCUGAUCACUACAUCCGGUCAGUAUGCCUCCUCUCCGGAUACUGGGGACAUCUUUCUUCCGAGCGAGUUUGUCCAAUUCACCUCCCAGCCAUGGCUCCGGCGUUUGAGUAUGUCAUUUCAGUAUGGCAGGAUAAUAUUUGUUGGUAGAGAUACGCGGUCUGGCUCGCAGACACAAGGCCAGGUCGUUUGUACUGUCCAGCCUGUUCUUGAACCGCACCAGCUGGCUGAGGUCAGGAAAGAAAAUGGUGGGUCCCUUGAGCUAACAGAUCCCCACAUCGACAGUGGUUAUCAACUGGUUGAGGAUGCAGUAUUCGAGGUCCCUGUGUCAUCAAUUAGUAGCCGUGUUGGUUUCCAGCUUGUUUAUACUCAUCGUCCCCCUGCCACAUUAUCCGAGGAUAUCAUCUUUAUUUAUCAUGUCCUAAAUUUGCGCGAUAAUCGGGCUCGGUUGUGCACUUUGAUGCACCCCCUGCGAGCAGAACUUGAGCUUGAGACCUUUGGACGUGGCUACUUUGUCUGGCUAUCCCGCCAGCCACGAGUUAUGUCACUACCCUUCCUCCUUUUUAUUGAUGAUUUCGGAGCCCACCGCAACAUGUUCAGGGCAUUGAAGGGGAUCUAUCUCACACCUGCCGGCUUGUCCUAUGCCGGGCGAAGACGUCUGGCAAACUCGUUUACCGUAACGCUGGGUCCUCAUGGGGCCUCCUUUCAGGAUGUUCUUGCCAAUAUCCAUACUGACCUUGAGACCGUGGCAAAAGGCUUUUACAGCACAAUCCAUGGGAAACAAGUGCUUGUUACUGCGUCCGUCAUGGCUCUUACUGGAGAUAUGCCACAGCAAGCUAAAAAUAGUGGUAUGCUCAGCUAUAGUGCUGAUAUCGGAUGUCGGACAUGCUACUGUCCACGCAGCAAACAGUAUCAGUGGUCAUAUGAUACUGUUUCCCAUGGCCGAUAUCAUUUCCAGCAUCAGUAUUACCGAACUGAGGGUGAUCACAAGGCCACUGUUCCAGAACAGCAAAGAUAUUUUAAUGCUGUAGGGAUACAGUCCGUGCCUUCGCCAAUCGAACGGAUCAUGCCAACUCUUGACAUUGUUUUAGGCCGUCCGUAUGAUGUACCGCACUCUGAUUGGAAGGGGAUCGGCUAUCGUCUGCUGGAGUAUAUCCAGAAAAUUCUUGUGCCUUCAGGGGUUUCCAACUUCGCUACAGCCUUGCAAAAAGUUGUUCGGCCGGCUCAAUGGCCUCACUUUCCUCCUCUGAAACACCUAAAAACCUGGACAUUGUCAGACCUUGGUCGAGGGAUCAUUCUCUUACCUAUUAUUCUUCGAAUGUGGCUGGUCCGUGCUUGUGCAGAGAUCGCAUUGACAACCACCCUUAUCUCAACCAGCCGCGCGUUGCCUCCUGCACUGGUAAAUGCAAGGAUUACUCACAGCCGCCGAAUCUUUCAGCAUUUGGUGGUUACAGCUUCAGCCAUGACUGAUUCAGAGCUACAGGCAUUCAGCAUCCAUGGAAAACUGCCACAUGAUUAUAAUAAGAAGCAUAAUAAAGAUAAAUGGUUUAAGUAUCUUGGGGUGCCAGUUGUUCAUGCUGGCUUUCAUUUUCAUACAUUUGCUGCUGAGUAUGGCCCGCUCAUGAACUGUAAUGUUCUAGCCGGUGAGUUGAAGCAUAGAAUAUUCAAGAGAUGGAUAGAUCGCGCCUCGCCGCCUCAGCUGAUGACUUAUCUCUUCCGGCUAGAUCGGCUCCACCACUCUUUACGCCUGGGUCUUGCGGGUUCCUGGCGGGAUGAUCAUCCAAUUCUACUAGAGAUUGUCCAGGAUCUGUAUAUGUCCUGCCCACGUCUGAUCCAGAAACAUAUUCUUGCAGAUGAAUUUAUUACUGACCUGCAAGUUACAAUGACACAUCCGAUUGAAUGGCCUCAUUCUUCGCUUUCUGAGCAGGAUAUACUGGACAUGUUACCUUCAGCGUACCGGCAAGAAUAUUCAAUCUCACUUCCUCGCCAGUAUGAUAAAACACAAUUAUCUUACUAUUGUCAGAUCAAAUUCUGUUCCCGUCAUUCACAGACAAUUACCACUGGAAAUUUUAUUAAAUACCAGUCUUCAAUAGCAUAUCCUUGGUUUCUGUUCAUAAUUUCUGAAUCGUAUUCAACUUUAACAACGUUUCUACAACCUAACUGUUACUGUAGUAAGCUACCAUCUUUGACUUUUACUGAACUAUGCUGUGACCCUCUCUACGCACGCCUCCGGGCCCCUAUGCCUGCUACUCAGGUAAAUUAUGUAUCUGCGUCACGUCACUAA